AUGAUCUUUAACCAUCCACAGACUGCCUUACCGGAACGUGACCCGGUGCCAUUACAACAAACAGAAGAGAAUUCUUGUCACAAUCCGCUCAAUGUAAUGCCGGUAACCAGCGAAAUAUCAGAGAAUAGUGGCAAUUUCACUUAUAAUCAAAUGAAUCACAUUGAUCUACCUCAAGCUCAGUUAUCCCAUGGUAUUCAAAGCCAACUAAGUCUCAAUAACCAAAAUACUGCUCAUUCAAGCUUGUCUCCUCAACAGCAACAACCACAGUCAUCCUCACACUCACUAACACAAGCUCAAGUGCACAACGGUGAAAACUCGGCUCAAGAACAAAUCGUUUCUAUGAAGUUAGAACAAGCAACAGAUGAUGUCUACCUGGAACGUGUAAAAUCUAGCAUCAAUCUUAACCAUGUUCCUUUGGAUGUGCCAUUUGAUAUUUCCUCAUACCCAAUUACAAACCCUCCUAUAUUUGACUCAACUUACAUGUUACCAUAUUCUAAUGAUGGUGUUCCACGCAAAAGAAGAAUUUCUAUCUCAAAUGGACAAAUUGGCCAAAUAAUGAACCAUGAAGCAUUUUUUGAUGAUUUCGAUAAUUCUUUGGAUGAUGAGUUAUUUAGAAAGUUUAAUAACUAUGAAUUAAACAGGCCAGGCACUAGUUUUAAUAGUACAAAUGACAGUGAUGAGAAUCGUAGUACAGGUUCCAUGCAUCAGUCUAGUGGCAGCGUUCCUCCUUCGGCACAGCAAUUGCCACUACAGCCACAACCAGAACCACAACCGCAAUAUCAUAGUCAGCUACUACAUCCACCACCUCAACAACAGCAGCAGCAGCAACAACAACUACAACAGCAGCAGCAGCAGCAACAGCAACAGCAACAACAACAACAACAACAACAACAGCAACAACAACAACAAUACCAAUUUCAACAACAGCUACAUACUCAACCUCUCCUGCAUCCCCCGGAGAAUCAGCAACAGCAACAGCAGAGUCAGUUACAUACCCAUCAUCCCCAGACGAUCUCCAGAGCCAAUGCACCACCACCACCGCAAGUUGCAGGAGUUCCCCCGCCAAACCAUCAACUAAUCUACAAUAAUGAAAUCAUAUACAACCCCAAUAAUGGGCCAAUAACAGGCACUGCAGCUUGGAAGAAAGAACGAUUACUCGAAAGAAACAGAAUAGCUGCAUCAAAAUGUAGACAACGUAAGAAAAAUGCCCAGCUUUUAUUACAAGAUAAUGUCAAUAGGAUGGAAAAAGAUUUGAAUAGUAAGAAUGAGAAAAUACAGGCACUAGAGGAAUUAUUUAAGCAUUUUAAAAAGAAUAUCGCAAGUUAUUUGGAAAAAGACGUGGGUGAGAGAGACGAUAGAUUGUUGAGAGAAUUGAUAAAUUUUGUAUAG